AUGGAGGAGAUGAUGCCUUUCGCUGUAGAGCUGAUGGCUGCUGUGAUGAUGCUGGAUGAUCAGGAUUGGCAGAAACUGAUUCCGGAGAAGGGCUGUGACAAUUUGGAUUGGCAGGAUGGUGAGCAGAGCCAGAGCCGUGUGGACCGAGAGCUGGAGCCUGUGAGCUGUCAUCCUCUGCUGCUGCUGCUGCUGCUGCUGAGUCAGUGGAGCAGCGCAGAGCAUGGGAAAAUGUACACGCUGGAAUGUGCAUAUGUGCGUGCUCAGAAGACGACACGCAGUCUCACCAUCGCAGCUCUGACUAAGCAUUCCAUUUAA